UAAACCUUACAGCUAACUCAACCUAGGCAGUUGAUGUCUGUCCUGUGAAGAUGGCCAAUGCUAGCUUCAAGAAUGUGUCCAGCUAUGCAGAGAAAGAGAACAUGUCAUCCUUGUUUACCAGGCUGGAUUGAGUUCAACUCAACUCAGAAGUGCUACUACUUCUCUACUGAAAGAAAAAACUGGAUGGACAGCCGCAGUGCAUGCAAGAACUUGGAUGCCGACCUAGUGACCAUAAAGAACACAGAGGAACAGGCAUUCAUCAGUCAGAACGCUGUGGUUUAUACCUCAAUGAUAUGGGAGGGUUACUGGAUUGGACUCACUGAUGCAGCCAAGGAGGGCACGUGGGUCUGGGUGGACUCCACUCUGAUGACUACCCCGCUGUGGCAUUAUUUGGAACCUAAUAACGUUAUGAAUGAAGAUUGUGCCACCACAACCAAGACCCCAGAUCCAUCACAGAGCUGGUAUGAUGCCAGCUGCAGUAACAGCUAUAGGUGGAUCUGUGAGACCAAGGCAUUGAAAGGUUCAAAUUAGGCAAUGGCCACAGAGACACACACAUGCGCGUACACACACACCCACAGUACACAACAUGGGUGUUGCAACACUGGAGAAGUGGUU